AUGGCGCCGCCCCCUACCUCCGGCAUCGCGAGCGCGCUGGACGGCGGGAAGGGACGCCUCAAGGAGGCGGUGGAGGCCGUCAGGGAUUGCGGCGCCGGGGCGCUGCACACCGCCGCCGGCCGCGGAAGGACCCCGAUGUGCGCGUACCUGGUCGAGGAGCUUGGCAUGGACGUCAAUGCUGCGGACGACAAAGGUGCUACACCUCUGACUUAUGCACUUCGUUGGCGGGCUGUGGAUACUGUGAGGUAUCUCUUUGAUCAUGGUGCCGAUCCAGAAAAGCCCGGUGAACAAGGAUUGUGUGAAAUGAUAGAAGUCUUGCUCUCAAAAGGAGCUGACGUUAAUUGCUUUUCUUACCGUGGGACACUACUGCAUUCUGCUAUUAUUGGAAAGCAGGAUGCUGCUGUGAAGCUCUUGUUGGACCAUCAUGCUGAUUGUAACAAGCCAGUGUCCCUACAUUAUACACCUCUCAUCGCUGCUCUCCAUGCCCGCUCGCUGAAAUGUGUGAAGCUUCUGAUUGAGCAGUUAAUAGCGGGUGCUGAUGCGAAGGGUGUUCCUCCGCUAACCCCCUUAAUAGUCGCUGCAAAUGAUGGUUUAACUGAUUUCUACGAACCUUUACUUCGGGCUGGUGCUGAUCCUGAUGUUCGUGAUGAUGGAGGUCAACUGCCAAUAGAGAUUGCUGCACGUAAGAAUAGACGGAAAGAUGUUGAGAUUCUUUUUCCAGUUACAUCUCAUAUUCCGUAUGUGCGUGAUUGGAGUGUUGAUGGGAUACUUGCUUAUGUCAAAUCAGUUCCGAAGGAGGAGGAUGACCUGUUAUACAAAAUGGGGCCAGCUUAUCUGAAAUUAGAAGGAACCAAGGCUUACAAGAGAAAAGAUUGUGUUUCUGCAAUAAAUUUCUACUCCAUGGCAAUCAAGCUUAACCCUGGAGAUGUAACCUUGCAUUCAAAUAAGAGCCUUUGCUGGAUUAACCUGGGGGAAGGAGACAAGGCCUUGGAGGACGCCGAGUUUUGCAGGAUGAUACGGCCUGAUUGGCCAAAGGCCUGUUACAGGCAAGGGGCUGCCCAAAUGUUAUUGAAGAACUAUGAAAAGGCAUGUGAAGCAUUUCAAGAUGGUCUGAAGUUGGACCCAACAAAUGUUGAGAUUGAGAAUGCAUUACGGUUGCUUUCAAACCAUGUUUACUAUUGUAUUUGCAAUUAUUGA